AUAUAUAUAUUUUUUGCUCUUUUAUUUUAAACUGCAAGAGGAUGCACAGAGGAAGAAAUUGAAACAAUUUGUUGGCUUUGUUUACCUGGUGUGUGUAGAAGCCACCUCCCGCUCUCUCUGCUCGCCAUCCUGACCUUUCUUUCUUUCUACUCCUCAAAAAAAUUAAUUUCCCCCUCUGUGCAAUGGAGCGUGGGGGGCGGAGGGGGAAGGGUUUGAGAAUCCACCCAAGCCCGGCCCCUAUUCCCCAGAACACCAAUAAUAACCCCCUUUAAAACAUUUACCUUCCUCCCCUGCUCCUCCUCCUCCCCUCGUCCCACCGCCCCUAACUCAUAACUCUGUUGAGCCCAGAAUCUCAGAAUCAGGCGUUGGCUUUGCCGGGUGCUUCAGAUCAAUGGAUGAGUUCCACCCGUUCAUCGAGGCGCUGCUGCCUCACGUCCGAGCCUUCUCCUACACCUGGUUCAACCUGCAGGCGCGGAAGCGCAAGUACUUCAAGAAGCACGAGAAGCGGAUGUCAAAGGACGAGGAGCGCGCGGUGAAGGACGAGCUGCUGGGCGAGAAGCCUGAGAUCAAGCAGAAGUGGGCAUCCCGGCUGUUGGCCAAGCUGCGCAAAGACAUCCGGCCCGAGUUCCGCGAGGACUUUGUGCUAACCAUCACGGGCAAGAAGCCCCCCUGCUGCGUGCUUUCCAACCCCGACCAGAAGGGCAAGAUCCGGCGGAUUGACUGCCUGCGCCAGGCUGACAAGGUGUGGCGGCUGGACCUUGUCAUGGUGAUUUUGUUUAAAGGGAUCCCUUUGGAAAGUACUGAUGGGGAGCGGCUCUACAAGUCGCCCCAGUGCUCGAACCCCGGCCUGUGCGUCCAGCCACAUCACAUUGGAGUCACAAUCAAAGAACUGGACCUUUAUCUGGCUUACUUUGUCCACACUCCGGAAUCCGGACAAUCAGAUAGUUCAAACCAGCAAGGAGAUGCGGACAUCAAACCACUGCCCAACGGGCACUUAAGUUUCCAGGACUGCUUUGUGACGUCCGGGGUCUGGAAUGUGACAGAGCUGGUGAGAGUAUCACAGACUCCUGUUGCAACUGCAUCAGGUCCCAACUUCUCACUGGCGGACCUGGAGAGCCCCAGUUACUACAACAUAAAUCAAGUGACCCUGGGACGGCGGUCCAUCACCUCCCCUCCCUCCACCAGCACCACCAAGCGCCCCAAGUCCAUCGAUGACAGUGAGAUGGAGAGCCCAGUUGAUGACGUGUUCUAUCCUGGGACAGGCCGUUCCCCAGCAGCUGGCAGCAGCCAGUCUAGCGGAUGGCCCAAUGACGUGGAUGCAGGCCCUGCUUCUCUAAAGAAGUCAGGAAAGCUGGACUUCUGCAGCGCCCUCUCCUCUCAGGGCAGUUCCCCACGCAUGGCUUUCACCCACCACCCGCUGCCUGUGCUUGCUGGAGUCAGACCAGGGAGCCCCCGGGCCACGGCAUCAGCAUUGCACUUCCCUUCCACAUCUAUCAUCCAGCAGUCGAGCCCGUAUUUCACACACCCAACCAUCCGCUACCACCACCACCAUGGGCAGGACUCGCUGAAGGAGUUCGUGCAGUUUGUGUGCUCUGACGGCUCGGGUCAGGCCACCGGACAGCCCAACGGUAGCGGCCAGGGCAAAGUCCCGGGGUCAUUUUUGCUACCGCCGCCGCCUCCAGUGGCCAGACCUGUGCCCCUUCCUAUGCCUGAUUCCAAAACCACCAGCACGGCCCCAGACGGCGCCGCCUUGACUCCUCCAUCACCUUCAUUCACAACGACAGGCGCCUCCUCUGCCAACCGGUUUGUCAGCAUCGGAUCCCGGGACGGCAACUUUCUGAACAUCCCACAGCAGUCUCAGUCCUGGUUCCUCUGAUUAAGAUCAACAAAGAAACAACAAAAUUAAAAAAAAAAAAAAAAAAAAGAGGUUCCUCAAAAGGGGGGAGAAGAAAUUUUGAGACAUGGAAAUAUCCCCCAGCCCAGCCCCACCGAAAAGAAAAACUUAGACGUCGUCAGCCACUCAGCCCUUCCCUCCUCCAGCCCGGGUACCCCUGCGUUCCAAAGCCGCCCAGUUCUGGGAGCCCUCGGAAGGGGUCUCAGCGGAGCUGUACACCAGCAGCCAAGCAGAAAGAAGCAUGCUAAGCGGACUCUGCUAAGCAGAGGGCAAACAGAAAGAAAAGAUGCAACAAGACUGCCUUCCUCCUACCCAGCCCGGCCUUCCCAGGAAGGAGCAGCCAGCUCGCUGGCCGGCCACCCCGGCAGUUCCUGGGGACCCCAUCUUCCGCUGGACCUAAGCUUCCCCAGGAGCCCAGAGGAACAGCUCGUAACUAUAGUAGACAUUCGAGCUCCCCUCCGGACUUCAUCUCUCCUCCCUCUCCCUCUUGCCCUUCCUGGGAGCCUCUGCUCAGGCCUCUGGCCCCAUCUUCUCUGGACCAGGCGAGGGCGUUCCCAGGGUAGGCAAGGGAUGCUCCUUAGAGCUAGCUGAAUUCAGCCUAAGUCCAGAAUAGCUGGUGUUCUGCCACCCCAUUUUCAACCGCCCGGGCAGUUCUCGGGCUGGACCCCCUCUGUACAGAACACAGGAAAGUUAGAAUGCUCUGGACUGGACGCCCAGCCCGGCGCAGGCACCCACUUCCACGCCCGCAGGCCGCAAGGGCUGCUGCCCUCUGCCGCGCCCCUAGUGAAGGGAGUCGGCCCCAGGUCGCCCCGCACCCCAGCCCUGCAUGCAGGUGCCCUCGCUCCGCCCCUCUGCCCUGCCCCUGCCCUUGCCGCACACAGCCCUCCAGGGGCCGGCUGAGAGUGGAGCAGAAAGGGCCCCGGAGCUGAGCGAGGACAAGGCAGCCUCCACCUGCGCUAGGUAGGCGUCCUGCUCUCGAGACUUUGAGUUCCUGUGGAGGGUGGGGGGUGUCAUCCUUUUAAAAGAGUGUUCUGGAGCUUUUCUGGUCCCCUUCCCUACCCACCACACCCCGUGGCCACUUCUCCCUAGAUUUUAGCUGUAAUGUCUUUCCUCUUUAUUUAGGGGUGGGGCAGUCAUUGUUUGGGUCUUUCGCUGUUACAGUUGGGAACUCCUCCUCUGUUUGAGCAACUUGGGAACAAUUUCGUAACACACCACAGGAAGCAGCUCUCCUCCCAGCCCCCUCCUCCUGUAAGGGAUGGUGGAGGCUUGUCCAGAGGGUCUUGAGAAGCCCCCUUGGAGGGAGGGAACGCGAGCACGCCCGCCCCCCUGCAGGGUGACUGGGCCCCUCUGGCUUGUCUUUCUGUGCCUUAGUCCUCCUUCCCUGCAUCUCCCCUCCCAGGCCCGUUCUCAAGGCCUUGCGCCUCUCUCCGGUAUGAAAACACAAAGCACAGGUCAGGAUCCUCCGAAAGUCGGUCCAACAUUGCACCACGUGGGGGUGGGUUGUGGGCUUUAUUUAUUGAGAAUCUAGUUGGUGAGGCUGCGGCCCUGAGCAGGCGAAUGGCCGCUAGCAGGGAGCUCGGGGCUGCGAGGCGGCUGUCCGGGCGCUCUGUGUGGAAGUUGAGCGAAGCCCUCCCCUGCGGCGUCGAGGGCCAGGCCGGGGUGGAGAUCCCACCAGGGGCCUCCCAGUGCAAGGGGAGGGAGCCCCAGGAUGGGGGGCCGGGCGGGCCGGGCGUGACGCGCGGUCAAAGUGCAAUGAUUUUUCAGUUCGGUUGGCUAAACAGGGUCAGAGCUAAGAGCUAGCGAAAGAGGGUCCCUGCCCGGCCGCGUGCCCCUCUUCGGUCGGUCGAGGACAGUCGGGCUGUGGGCACUGUGGGAUUGCGGGGCACACGCCCCGGGCGAGGUCAGAAGCUGCAGGCCAGCUGGGCCGGGGCCCAAGUGCCCGGCGAGGUACCCUCGGGAGGACUGGGGAAGGGGUGGCGCUCCUUUCCCAAGUGGUGGUGUGAGGGGCAGGCAGGGACGAUGAGGGCGACAGAUGUGGGGACGUGUUUAGGAGAGGAAACAACCCACAAAAAAUUAUAGGGGAAAUUAACCUUUUUUUUUUUUCAUUGAACCAAGUGCAAUGCAUCAGAGAGUUUUCCUAUCUUUGUAUGUUAAGAGAUUAAGAAAAAAAAUUCUAUUUUUGUUGUAAUGUCCUCGCGGCUCUGGGGACGCUAAAAGAACUGGGCCUGCCCUGCCCUUAGCGGGGAUGAAAGCUGAGUGUUUUCCUUUUUCCUUUAUUUUUUCUUUCUGAUAGUUUUCUGGGUUUUUGUUUGUUGGUUUGGUUGGUUGGUUUUUUUGCCGUUUUCCUGCGUUGACGAGGAUAAUCUGGGGUUUUAAUUUGUUUCGUCGUUCGGUUUCGGUGGGAGGGCUGAAGAAAGCGUUCACAGUUUCUAUUUUUAAAACACCUCGACAUUAAAAAAAAAAACCAACACAAGAUCAAAAGGAAAAGGACGAGAGAAAAUUAUUUUUAAGAUAAUUAAACAUAAAACCCUGGUGCUUAUUACAUUAUAAAGUACGUUUUUAAAAAACCCACAAACUAUUAUACAUACGUUUAUGAAUCAAUUAAAUACUCUGCACUUGUUAGGAACACGCA